AACAAAAACAAAAACCAUUUCUUCCUUCCAAUAUUCGGGAGACGCUCUUUAAUCAAACUUCACAACCACCCCCUUCUUCAAUUUUCCUUCUCCGCCUCCAGAAUUCCGCCGGCCGAUUUCCGAUGACCGUCUCCGCCUUGUAUUCCGUCUGCUUCUGCCCUUGAUUGCAGGUUCUAGAGCGGAGCGCCGGCCGUUUCGUUGUUUUUUUUUUUUUUGAAUCUGCGGCGAUGAGUGCCGGCGCGGCGACGUUCCGGUCUAUACUCGACAAACCCCUCAACCAGCUGACGGAGGAUGACAUUUCGCAGCUCACGCGAGAGGACUGUCGCAAAUACCUAAAAGAAAAAGGAAUGCGGCGGCCCUCGUGGAACAAAUCUCAGGCGAUCCAGCAGGUUAUUUGUUUGAAAGCAUUGCUUGAACCUUGUGAUGAUUCCGGCGCCAGUGCUCUCAGGAAGGUCGCCGUUUCGCCUCGGGUGAAUUCAAAUCAAGGCGGUUCACCCAGGGAACCGAGUGAUGAUGCUCAGGUUACGAUAUCAGUUGAUGAAUCUGCGUAUAGCAAUAUGGAGACUGCAAAAUCUACUCCUGAGGAUCCACUGGCUGAACCAGACAACAAGGUCACUAGUCCCAGAGAUCAAUGUGAUACACAUGGAGUGGAUGGCCAAAUGACAAUUUUCUAUUGUGGCAAGGUGAAUGUGUAUGAUGGAGUUCCAGCAGAUAAGGCAUGGGCAAUCAUGCAUCUAGCAGCUAGUCCAGUUCAUUUCCCUCAGAAUCACACCAUGGGUGGAACUGCUUCAUGUCAGUCUCCACCAUGUCUUUUGCAGAAUGCCAAUGAGAGAGAUGACCUUUUUUCUCCUAGUGGUACUAUCUAUCGGAAUGUGCAUACAGAGAAGAUGGUUGAGUACCCUCAGCAGCAGCAGCAGCAUAUAAAAGGAACCAGUACUCGAGAUUCUGAUAUUGAGGGUCAGGCGAGUCGGAAAGUUUCAUUACAGAGAUAUCUUGAAAAGCGAAAAGACAGGGGAAGGUUAAAGAACAAGAAAAAUACAGGAUUGGCUUCUUCUAGCCUGGAGGGGUAUAUGAACCAUCAAAUGAGGACGCAUAUAUCCAAUAAGAAUUUAGGUCAGAUUGUGACAAGCUCUUUAUCCCCAACUGGAGUAGCAAAAGCCUUCGUUGGAACAGCUGACAAUCAGCCAAAACUUGCAUGCUUCCCUGUCGACCUUAAUGUCAAAGAUAUCCAGGAGUGCUGAGUUGAUGACAUGCUCUACUUCAGAGAUCAUCCUUGUGAUUAGCAAGAACUUGAGAGAGAAGAGGAGCGAAGUCGAAAUGGUUGUCUGUUGCACGAUUUGGCUGCUUAAGGAGCGUUAUGUAGGCCUUUACUAACCAGUCAUGUUUUGGAGAUCUUGCGUGGGAGAGGUGUCUAUAUCCGAACGGUACGAGUAUCUCACUCAGCUGAUCAAUUUUGUAACUCGAACACGGUGUCGAAACCGUUGUUAGGAUGAUUAGAGAAUUUGUUCAUGUUUGUGCUGUCAAGGUUUAUUGGGUUGAGAUGAUGAUGCAAUGUUGGAUACGUAUAAAAAUGAAUGCUAUCCUUUCUGUGCCAAGAACCUCUUUUCUGUGUA